CACACACACACACACACACGCACUGGCAUCCAAUCCCUGGAGAUUUACCCAAAACAAAUUUUGCCCUUUUUGACUCUAGCUAAUCAAUAUAACUGGGUUUAUUAAAGCUCCUUUCUCUGUCAUCUUUAACACAAGGAACAAGAUUUUCUUUCUAGCACCAGUGUCAUCUUGACUAAACAGGAAACCGACGAUGUCCGGCAUCAUGAAAGUGUUUUUGCUCCUGGCUGUCAUGGUCUACAUCUCUAAAGCCCAACUCGAUGGUGAUCAUACAUCAGGAAAUGAAUGCAUGUGUCGACGUCUCAGGAAUGGAAUUAGCUCAAAAAGGGACAUAAAGGACAUCCAGAUCAACCCAGCAACUGUCUUCUGUGACAAAGUGCAGAUUGUUGUCACCUUAAACAGCGGCCAUCGCUAUUGCCUGAACCCCAGGUUGAAGGCAGUGCAAAAACUCAUGGCUAAGGUCAUGAAACCGGUAACUUCUACUACAGCCAGACCAACUGAGCUCACUGCCACCCCCUACUGAAAAAGAACAGUUGGAACUAAAUGAAAAUAAUAUGCACAUUGGUUGCACAUAAUAAAUAUAUUUUUUCUUAUGCUAUAGUUAUGACUCACUAUAGCACAAGCACAAAUAA